CGACAUAAAAUGUCAGAAUUCUAUUCAGAGAAAUGUUUGGUUUUAAUAUUUUUAACAUAAAAUUACUUAAUACAAACAAUCGAUAAAGUCUUUCAUUCGAUCAACGACACAUUAGGUCUACCAUUUGUUCCACAAUGUCAUCCGAUCAGCAUAACAUAGAUCUACUGAAUCCAAUUAUCAAAGAAGAUUCCAUGAGCGAAAAUAAUCAAUUUUUGGCCCACAGUCCAUCGGAAGAGAAUUCGACAUAUACAGCACCACCCUCUCGACCAAAACAAAGACACAUUUACGAAAGUCCCGAGGCGAAGGCUCGCAGGCUAGCCCGGAACGCAGAACGCAUGAGAGAACGUCGUGCUAAUGAAUCUGAAGAGGAAUACCGGUUGAGAUUGUAUAAAAUGGCUGAGGCUAGUCGCCUACGACGACGGAACGAAAAUGAAGUGGAACGAUCGAUACGUCUGAUUCGGGAAGCCGCGCGACAGAGGUUGAGACGUGUUAUGGAAUCACCUGACCAACGAGCCAUUCGACUUGAAAAAUUGGCAGCUCGUGCUCGGUUGAUACGACAGAAUGAAAGUCCUGAACAGCGUGCGGCUCGACUGGAAAGGGCGGCGAAACGACAGCGGGAACGUUACUCGAACAAAUCAGACCAAGGUGAUAAGCAACAAAGUUCCAUGAGUACGCCGAGUUCGGAAAGCAGUGCACAGAACAGUGAAUGGAAUGUGAUGAUACCCGGCACCACUAUAAAAACAGAAACCGUUUCAGUUUUAUCGAAUUUGAUUGGAUCGCAACCAACGAAAUUAGUUCAAAAUCCCAGUGACAAUACGUACACCAAUCUCGUUUCUUAUCCACCCAACAAUCAAUCGCUACAGAGUCAAGUGAAAUACUACGGAAAUGUACCACACAUAUCAUCCGCCAAUGCGUUAUCAAUUCAAUGUCUUCCCGACAUUUCAUCCAUGAACCAAACGAACAUUCGUCCAACAAACGUUGCUACCAGUAUAUCAAUUUAUCCCAUUUCCACACACUACACACAGCCAUUUAUGACACCAAAUAUAAUGACACCAGUUCGCGGGCGGCCAGUUACCAUACAUCCGUCAAACGAUUAUCGAUCGGUGAAUCCAGCCCAGCGCGAAGAAGCCGAACGACAAUUCCUCUCGCACAAUAUGCUGGAAAGUACCAUAAACGCAAUGUUAAGCAGUCCGAAGCAGGGUCGCGGUCGACCGGCAAGUCGAUGUGAUAAUACGUCUGGUUACGAUGAGCGUCGAACGAAACAGGCGAAUGCUCGGCGAAAUCAGCGAAAUAAUGAAACCCCAGAGGCACGUAAGGCACGGCUAGAAGAUUUGGCACAGAGGGCGCGGAAGAGACGGGAACUGUUGAUGGCUACAGAAACCGAAGAGGAACGACGAAAACGAUUAGCAAACCAGGCGGAAUAUGCACGACAAAGGAGACUUAAGCUACAGACUCCGGAAGCUGUCAAAAGUCAAAUACAAAAGGCGAAAGUUCUGUAUUCGAAAUUGCAUGUGGAAUAAGUUGCGGCCAUUUGAGGAUUAAUUUUGUAUAUUGAAUGUAACUCAUAGUGUAGACUUAGAGAGUAUUGUGGAUGUGGACUUGUAGAUGCGACUAUUGAUGAAUGAUUAUAUAACAUAAUGUUCAAUCGCGGAAUAGAAUUAUAGGUUGCUUGUACAUGCUACGUAAAUGGUGAGUUAUUUACCGAUUUUUUUUUCUUUUUUUGAAUAAACUAUGUACGUACACUGUACACGAUUGAUAAAUUGAAAGAAGAAAAUCAUUUUUUGACUGUGUCAGAUCCAGUGAAGUCUCAAUAAUUAAAUGCUUUUCCGCUCA